AUGAACGUCGUUCAACUCGCGCUCGUCAACAACGUCGAAACGAGCAAACCACUGCAGAAAACACCGGCACCAAACCACAGAAACAACAACCAGUUCUGCGACGAACUACACCGCGCUGUCCACAAACGUUUGACACAGCGAAACCUCCCCCUUUCUGGUUCAAGACCUUCUUAUGCGACCGCUACUAGUCCUACUCCUCAACUUUCCUCAGAAACUCACCGCUCGUUAAGCCUUCAACAAAAGGGCUUUGGUAAGAAUCAAAUGAGCGAAUCUGAUUACAAAGCUGCUCAAUCGAAAGCCAACAAGCAGAGGUCACAGCAGAUUAAUCAGGAACAAAAGCAUAAGAAGAAUAAGAAUAAGAAACAAAAGGUGAAGAAUAACGAACAAAAGGCAAAGGAAAACGAGCAAACAAGAGAAGCGCAUAAGGCAAGUGAGGAAAUAACAGCAGAAAGACAACGCACUAAAAAAACGGUCGUUAUAGCUGGAGAUUCGAUUAUAAAAUAUGUAAAAG